AUGGCGGAUUCCAACGAUUACCGAACGUACUACGGCCAGUCCGGCAGCCGUCCAACGUCCUCACAGGCCGCGACCGGUCGCUACGAAGGUUACAGCUCUCAACCGACCCCGGGACAAGCCCAACAUCUACCGAGGCGGGUACCAAGCUAUAAUGCGGGCGACGACUCCCAACUUCUCACGUCACCCCGGGCAGCGAGCGCGCAAACAACCGAGUCAACCGCGAGACACUGGACGCAAACAGGUGGAUAUGGCCGCAGCGGGGCCCAAGGUGGCUAUCAUGUUGCGCCAGGGGGCUACGACGAUGAACGUGAGCAGUCGGUGUUUGCGCGCACUCCCUCGGAGCAAGCUCACGUGUCGCCCACUCGUGCGUCGUCGCAAUCAAGCUCGGCCGGCUACGGUUACCAGUAUCCAGCUUCCUCGAAUCAAUUGGCCUAUAACCCCCAGCAAUAUGGGCUACCGCAGUCGCAAACGCAGCCGAAUCUCAGUUAUAAGCCGCCGAGCUAUCAUAGUCCGACCAGCAAUGGGCCUUAUGCAAAUACUGGAUCCCACCAUCAGCCUUACAACCCGGCAGCCUACCAGCAGUCUGCGGGUGCAAGCCUAAAUUCGCCAGUCCUCGCACGGCGACCGAGCGAAGCGACGCAUUAUGCUCCAGCGCCGCCCACGCCUCAGUCCUAUGGGUUCUCAUCGCAGUACCAACAGCCCCCUAUGCCUCCUCCUCGUGGGACGGAUCACCCGUACGGCAGUCGAGCCGCUGGAUACGGUCCGUCGCCCACCUCCCCCGGCCGGUCGACCUCCACGACUGGUUCUACGAUUUACCAAGCAAUGCCCUCACCCACAAUGGCGAAUUAUCCCAGUACCAGCCCUUCUUCAGCCGCAUACCUCCCCUCAUCCGCCUCGCGUCCUUCCUUCCCAGUUGCCUUGGGAAUCGGCUCUGAGCCGCCGUUCUCACCAACAAGCACGUCCGUGGGCAGUAAUACUUAUGAUGAGCAGCCGCCACGACCCCCUGCUCACCAGUUUCAAGGCAGCGGAACAUAUGGAAGCCGUCCCAGCAUACCUUAUUCGGCUUCUGCACGUACACUUCCGAACCCACCCAUGCUUCCAGACUUGCCCAGUCUUCCUCCGCGUCGAACGGAGACCUUGAACAGACACCCGCAAGCACGGCCCUUGCCGGGCCCUCCCAUUGAUACUGAGCCUGACUGGACGAGGUUACCUGACAACACGGGCCGGGUGCCUAAUGACGAGUUAAUGAGAGAGCUGGAGACCGCAGUGAUGAACACCCAGGCGACUUUUGCUCGGCACAACAGUGCGCGGAGCGCGCUCAGCAACGCGAGACAAACUGAGCGUCUGACGCCGGAUGAACAACAUACUCACACAAACAGCAACAUCUCCGAGGUACAUAUCAACUACUCCGCCUACAGCGCCGACAGUGAUGCCGAGGCGGAGACGGGCCUGGCAAUGCUAAGGAUGGCAGAGGAGGAAGAGCAAGCUCGCCAAGAGAGAGAAAGAAUGAGAGGUCGUAGCCGGCGCUUGACAAAUGCGUCUGCUACGAGCGCCCGCUCUUUUGGCUCCCAGGCGUCAGGACGGGGUCCGUCACCUCAGCAAUCGUCUCCGAGAGCCACGUUUUCACAGGGGCCAUCUCCUCUCCCAUAUUCUGACAAUGACCACUUUGUGGGGCAUGACCUGGCGCUUUACGAAGGCGGAUAUCAAGGCAACUUGCACUACGGAGACGAGCCUUCUUACACCUCCGAAGAAUGUCCUGGAUCUCAGGUGAACGGGAGUCUUGGUCGGCAUCAUGACUCUUUUAGAAGUUCGCACCAGUCCAACGAGGAACAAAGCGAAUAUCAAGAUGAAUACGAACAUCCAGCAAUUGCGUACGAGUACGCCAAUCGAUUGCAUAACUUUUCGUCCAACGCACGAGUGGAUGCUCUUGGCACCGGUGGUUUGUCCGCCCCAGGACAUUAUGACCGUCGGAUGAGCUUCGAUUAUGGGGAAGAUACUGAAGGCCCAUAUGAUCAACAGCAGGCAGAGGACCAGUCAGGAGACGAUAGUUCAUAUAACGAUGCUCCUGCAGAGCUUUUCUUCCACCCUGGGAUGCGCCCGCUCCCGCCUGCACCGGUGGAAGCAGCUGGACAAACAGACCUCUAUAGCCAUUUGAUGCCCGCAGGCACAUACCGACCCCCAGAUGAGGAUCAAACCCAGGAAUAUGACCAGUACAGACAAUCCUCCCCCGUUGCAGCAUCCGUGAACUCGUAUGGAGAGCAGCUGCUCAUUCCAUCUCAAGUUCCGCGGUCGUCAUCUUUAUCCGCCCCUAGUGGACCUCGUACUGAUGCCCCUAUCAGGUCAAAGACCGAUGCGGACCGUGCCAAGUACAAACAACAACAGGAAUACCUUUGGCAGCUUCAGAACAAGGAGCUUCCCAGAAUUGACCCUGCUGAGGCAGCUGCGCACGCGCCACUGGAUCUACCCGCUAUCCCAGCAGCUCGGCGCAAGAAGUUCAACCCCGCAAAACUUUCUACGGAGCAAUUCAAAAAAUGCACAGAGCCGUGGGCUUUAAGCGCCGUUCUGACCUGGAUCAAGGAUCUCAGUCAAGAUGAGACUGACCUGCGCCAGCAUGCUAUUGUGGAUGCAAUCGUUGCGCUUUUCACCCACAAGGUCCCAACGAUGAAUAUUGCAGAUGCAGAGACUCUGGCGGCACGCGUUGUCUCAAGUAUGCUCGACAAUGGAGCGCUAGUUAAGGACGAGGAGUGGGUCAAAUUCGGCCACGGUCAGAUCUCUGGCGUCUUGUUCCAGAUCACGGGAACAGGAUGCUAUUCGUCCAGGCUACACGAACAGGAGGUGCAUAUCCAAGAUACUGACGUGCUGGGGCGGUGUUACUCUCACCACUGUAUGCGCACGUUGAGGAAGGUCAAUCUCAGAGCGCAGAUGAUGGCGCCUCAAAAGAAGAUUGAGGACUGGGUGACAUUCUACCAAGUGCCCAAAGAUGUAUGGGAAACCUAUCCAAAGAAGGAGAUCGAUCGUCAAAACAAUCUUCACGAAAUUGUCACGACCGAGGACGCCUACAUUGGUCAACUCGAUGUUCUGAGGGAACUGUACCGUGACCAACUCGCCCAGAUGAACCCUCCUAUCAUCCCGGCCAAGCGACUCGAGAAGUUUUUGACCGAGGUUUUUGGCAAAGUGGAUGCUGUGAAGCGAGUGAACGAGGACUUUCUCCUCGCUCAGCUAAAAUAUCGUCAAAAGGAGCAAGGCCCAUUUAUCGCAGGGUUUAGCGAUAUUUUCCGCGAGUGGAUUCGGAAGGCGAAGAACGUGUACAUCGACUAUGCGGCGACUUUCCCUCAUGCCAAUUAUUUCGUCCGCCGCGAAUCUGAACGAAACCCGCAGUUCAGGGCUUUCUUGAACCAGGUGCGCGAGCAUAAGCUUUCCAACAGAUUGAGUUGGGACACCUUCCUCAAAGCUCCUAUCACUCGCAUUCAACGCUACACCCUUUUGCUCGCAACAGUGCAUAAGAAUAUGGCCAAAGAAUCCGAGGAGAAGACCAACCUGGCUCAAGCGAUCGAAGAGAUCAAGGUUGUGGCAUUGGAGUGUGACAAUAAAGUGGGAGAGCAGAGCAGGCAAACCGAUUUGAUGGAUCUUGCGAGCAAGUUACAGCUUCGUCCCGAGAUGAAGAAAGAAGUUGAAUUGCAUCUUGACCACCUGGGUCGCGAGAUCAUCUUCCGAGGUGACCUACAGCGACCAGGGACGAGGACCCGUUUCCUUGUCGACACUCAUGCCAUUCUCUUCGAUCAUUACCUCGUUCUUGCCAAGUCAGUGACUGCAAGGGACGCCCGGAGCGCCAAGUAUGAGCGUUACGACGUUUCCAAAUUACCAAUUCCAAUGGAUCUUCUCGCGCUCGAGAGCACAAACGAUGAUCCAGUAGUCAAAUCGUCCGUUCGCGGAGUUGCUACUAUAACUCCAGCCCAAGGUGCUGCGAUUCCGUCAGCAAAUGCGGCUGGCAUUACGGCUAAUGGUGGAGGGGUUUCUCUGGAUACCAAAGAUGACAAGAUUCUGUAUCCUUUCAGAAUCAAACAUCUUGGCAAGACGGGCACUUACACUCUUUAUGCGUUCUCCGCCAGUAGUCGUCUCGAGUGGUGUCAAAAGAUCAUCGAAGCUAAGACCAAGCACGCGGCCGCGUUGUUCUCUCAAAAUGCCGAGCCCUUCAGGCUUCGAGUUCUUGCCGAUACUGCGUUUGCUUAUUCGGAUCAAUCGCACGGAUCUAAGAGUGUUAUGAUUCAAGGGACCCCAUUGCAUCGAGCCAUCGUGGAGGUCGACAAGAAGUACCAAGGCGAGGGUAGACCUCCACCUGUCGGCAGGACCGUCGUGAAAUGCGCCACAGUCUUCCAACAGCCUCCUGGGAGAAUGAUGUGUGCGAUCGGCACUGACUUUGGCGUUUACAUGUCUGAUCUCAGCAACCCGCGAGGUUGGCAUCGGGCUAUCCCUAUUAUGCGUGUCACGCAGAUCGCUGUCUUUGAGGACUUCAAUCUCUUCCUAUUGAUUGCAGAUCGCUCUCUGAUUGCAUAUCAUUUGGAUGUGGUGUGUCCAGCAAGUGGCAUUUCGUCAAAGGCAAAGGAUUCUGCCCGUCGAGCUCCCCAGAAGCUCUCCGGCAAUCGCGAAGUGGGCUUCUUCGCGGCAGGCCGGAUGAAGGACCGCUAUUUGGUCCUGUAUAAGAAACGCGACGGCCUAUCAUCCACGUUCAAGGUGCUCGAGCCCAUUCUACAAAAGUCAUCUCCCAACAGGGCCGGCAUCUUCCAGUCCCGUCGUUCACAAACCGAGUUCUUCCGAGAAUAUGACGAGUUCUAUAUUCCUGCCGAGUCCUAUGGAAUCAACAUGUUCCACUCCUCACUUGCAAUCUCCACCCAGCGCGGAAUCGAAGUUCUCACGCUCGACAAGAAGCAGUCCUGGUCUGUACCUGAUUUUCGCUCCGCUAUUGCCGACGCCACCGACACAUUGCACAGCAUUGCACAGCGCAUCAAAGACCUCCGGCCCCUGGGCAUGUUCCGACUCAGCAAGAUCGAAUUCCUGGUCGCGUACCAGGAAUGCGCAGUCUAUGUCAAUAAGCACGGCGAUGUGUCCCGAGGUGUUGUCAUGGAGUUUGUGGGUAGUGCCCACACGGCGUGUCUGUACGGGGCUUUCCUCAUCCUGUUCAACGAUGACUUUAUCGAAGUUCGCAACGCGGAGAACGGCCGUCUGAGACAAGUCAUUCCCGGCCAUAAUGUGGUCUGUCUGGAUGAUGGUAACAAGACGUCUGGCAUCACAGGGAGAGCCGAUGCAGAUAAUAUGAGUGGAUCCGCCAACGGUGUCUCAACGAGUCCAGGGAAUACGGUGAAGAUAUGCAUGCAACAUCCUCAAUACGAACGGAGUCAGAUCGUGCUUGAACUCAUUGAAAAUGAGGGACAGAAGGAAUAG